UAUCGUUUCUAUGCGAAUGGUCAGUUGGAUACCAGCGGUCAAGCUGUACGGAUACCGUCAAUUUACUGUGACAUUCGUUGUAUUUAGUAUAGAACACUUAUUGGAUAUAUCAUUUGUUUUAUCUUUUCGGAAUAUUUACCGUUCAUCUUUUAUUGUAUUAUCACCCUUGAAGAAAUAUGCAAAGGAUAUUUGGACGUAAAGUUUCUUUCUGUGUUAUGUUAUGCUGCCUGCUUAUUUCUUUCAUAUGUGUUGACCAUUUCUAUCCGGUUAUGAGAAUAAGUGGGAACAUUGAAAAAAUCAUUUACAAUAGUGUAACUGAAAAAGCAGUUGAAAAAUAUUUUACCGUUUCGACAAAUUCGAAAAAUACGCUUUUAAGUUCCAAUGGACCAGACAGCCACAAUACAGCCAAAAAUAUUUCAAUACUUUCCCAAAAAACUGUUCCACGACUAACAAAUCAAGAACUGCGGCAGAUUAAAGGAUAUGGUACUUCUUCUCCUAUAGUUGUAAAAAAAUACAAACUGAUAUUUUUCUGGAACCAAAAGGCUGGCUGCACGUACUGGAAAAGACUUCUUCAGUUUAUACAGGGAAUUAAAAAUAAAGAAUUGCAUGUUCCCGGACGUAAUGGACUUACUCAUCUUACACAGUUUAAAGAUAGUGAGGUAACAGAGAUGAUGUUUGACGAUUCAUGGAUAAAAGCAGUAUUUGUGAGAGAGCCGAGAGAGCGAGUCUUGUCUGCUUUCUUAGAGAAGGGAUUAAACCCCGCCCGUAUGAGGGACAUGUGUCGUAGGCCCGCUGUAAAAUCCCUUUCGGAAUUUAUAACGCUCAUAAAAACAUGUAAAGAAGUGCACUGGAGUUCGCAGGUAAAGUUACCAAGACAUUUAUACAAAUAUACAUGGAUUGGUAAAAUGCCAGAUAUAAAUACAUUUACCCAAAAUCUUUUAACAAAAAUCGGAGCUUGGAAUGAUACUGUUAAAGAUUAUCUAAAUUCAAAAGAACAGUUUGAGAAAACAAGACCCCAUGCUACAAGCGCCAGUGAGAAACUGUUACAAUAUUACAAUGAUACCGAGUCUCAGGACACUAUUUUUAAAAUGUAUGCUGCUGAUUAUGAUGUGUUUAAGUUUGAUAAGAAAUACUUCAAGUAAACAAAUUAUUCACUUCUGAUAA